AGGUUCCCCUUACCCGACACUGCCGGCAUGAUCGUCAAUCGUUAUCCGUUAUGCGCUCAGGGCCUGCUGCGGUCCUCCUCCCUCCCGCCCUCUUCAGCCGUGCCAGCAGCACGAGCUCCGUGCUUGAGGUUGCCAGGAGUGCCAGAGAGGCCGCGAGAAAGCUCGCAGCUCUACCGCUCGAGGACAGGAACGACGCGCUCAACAGGGUCGCCUCUGCCCUUGAGAACGCCAAGACGGAGAUAGAGACAGCCAACAAGUCCGACUGUGAAAUCGCUGCCAAGCCUGAGUCCAACGUUGCUCCUCCCCUCCAGGCUCGUCUUAAGUUUGGCGGCUCCAAGUUCCGAGACACCAUCCAGGGUGUCCGGGACCUGAUGAAGCUCGAGGAUCCGAUCGGCCGCAUCCAACUCCACAGGGAGCUCGAUCAAGGCCUCGUGCUCAAGAGGAAGACUGUCCCCCUCGGUGUGCUCGGCAUCAUCUUCGAGGCUCGUCCCGAUGCUGCUGUUCAGAUUGCCUCUUUGGGGAUCAAGUCCGGUAACGGUGUCCUCCUCAAGUGCGGGAGGGAGGCGGUAGGAAGCUGCAGGGCCAUCGUCUCGGCGAUCAAGGACGGGCUCAAGACGAGCAAGGCCUCUCCUGAUGUUGUUGCUCUCUUGACCACGAGGGAGGAGACCGCAGAGAUGAUGAAGAUGAAGGAGUAUGUCGAUCUCAUCAUCCCUAGGGGAUCCAACUCCUUCGUACAGUACGUCAUGCAGAACACCGACAUCCCCGUCCUCGGCCAUGCCGACGGCAUCUGCCACAUCUUCGUCGACAAGGCUGCUGAGAUCCAGAAGGCUGUUGAGAUCGCGACAGACAGCAAGAUCCAGUAUCCCUCUGCUUGCAACGCCGUCGAAACCAUCCUCGUCCAUGAAGCUGUCGCCAAGCAGUUCCUCGAAGCCUUCGGCAGCCGCGCGGAGAAGGAAGGCAUCGAGAUCCGAGGGUGUCAGGGAACCUUGAAACACGUGAAGGGAGCCGAGGCAGUCGAGGCCGACUGGUCGACCGAGUAUGGUGAUAAGAUCGUCUCCGUCAAGAUUGUCCCCAGCAUGGAGUCUGCUAUGCAGCACAUCAACACUUACGGGUCUCGCCACACUGACUGCAUCAUCACUGAAGAUGCUAGCGCUGCUGCUGUCUUCCAAUCCCAGGUCGACGCUGCAGGCGUCUACUGGAACUGCAGCACGAGGUUCGCCGACGGCUUCCGCUAUGGUUUCGGCGCCGAAGUUGGAAUCUCCACCAGCAUGAUGCCUCCAAGAGGGCCGGUCGGGCUAGAGGGCCUGGUGACGUACCGCUACAUCAUGACUGGCAACGGGCACGUUGUCAAGAGCUACACCGGUGACGGUGCCAAGCCGUUCACCCACAAGAACCUCCCGCUUCAGUGA